AUGGAAAAGUCGGGCGACACCUCACACGCCGAGGUCGCCGCUGGCGACCUCUAUCCGACCACAGCCGCUGGAGAGCUCCACCGUGAGAUGUCCAUACGAAGCAUCUUCAUGCUUGGCAUCGGUGGUGGCAUUGGUACUGCGCUGUUCGUGAGUAUCGGCGGUGCUCUCAACACCGCCGGUCCCGCCAACUUGCUCCUCGGUUUCGUCGUCUACAACCUGAUUCUCGCCAAUAUCAAUAACUCCAUGGCCGAAAUGACAACCUACAUGCCCGUCAGCGGAAGCUUCAUUCGCUUGGCCGGUCACUGGGUCGACGACGCCCUUGGUUUUGCUGGCGGCUGGAACUUCUACAUCUACCUUGGACUCAUCGUUCCCUUCGAAAUCACGGCUCUAAGCCUGGUGCUAUCAUUCUGGAGCCCCCACAUCCCUUCAGGGGCAAUAUGUGCUGCUUGUAUCGUGCUAUACAGUGCGAUCAAUAUCUUUGCGGUUCGGAUAUAUGGCGCGGCCGAGUUCUCCCUUUGCAGUGGCAAAGUCCUACUCAUGGUCGUCCUCAUGAUGUUCACCCUGGUUACGAUGUGCGGCGGCAACCCUCAACACGAUGCUUUUGGUUUCCGACACUGGAGGGACCCUGGACCGUUCCUUGAAUACUUCAGCACUGGCAUCACUGGAAGGUUCGAGGCGUUUCUCACAGCUCUGUGGUCCGCAUCCUUCACUUGUGUCGGACCAGAGUUCCUCAGCAUUGCAGCCAGCGAAGUCAAGCAUCCCCGCACGUAUCUUAAAACCGCUCACAAGGUUUUGUUCGGUCGCAUAAUCGUCUUCUUCAUCGGUGGCUGCCUCGCUAUCACCAUCAUUGUUUCGCCCAAUGACAAGGUGCUUGACGCUCUAUACAAGCACGGCAGUGGUAGCACCGGAAGUGCCGCGGCCUCGCCCUACAUCAUCGCUAUGCAAAAUCUUGGGAUCCGCGGGUUGCCUCACCUGAUCACUGCUCUAUUUGCCACUACAAUCUUCGCGGCUGGAAACACCUGCCUAUACAGCGCCACUCGGUGCCUUUAUGGCAUGGCCUUGGAGGGGCGUGCACCGAAGGUCCUCCGGAAGGUCACUAAAUCUGGUGUCCCCAUCUAUUGCUUCUUGGUGACCAUGAUAUUUCCCCUGCUAGCCUUUCUACAGCUUAGCAGUGGUACAUCCACCGUCCUGAGCUGGCUCAUCAACCUCGCCACCGGUGCUACCUUGAUCUAUUUUAUAACCGCUCUCAUCACGUAUAUCCGCUUCAAUCGGGCCUGUACGGUUCAGGGCUUCAAUCGCGACAAACUCCCCUAUACGGGUUACUUCCAGCCGUACAGUGCGUGGUUUGCUCUCAUUUCUGAGCUGGUCAUCAUCGUCUUCUAUGGCUACCGGUCCCUCGUCCCUUUCAACGUCAGCGGCUUCGUUACUGCCUACUUCAUGCCGGUGCUCGUCCCGUGUCUCUUCAUUGGCUGGAAGCUCGUCAAGAAGACCAAGUUCAUUAGGGCCCAGGACGUGGACCUCAUCUGGGAGGCUCCCCUCAUUGACGCAUACGAGGCUUCGCUGGAGGAAGCCCCUGUCACCUUCUGGAUGGAUGUAUGGUUGAUGUUGCGCGGCUUGAGGCCCAAGAAACACAGACUGGCCGAGGCUUAA